AUGGCCAGCCUCACAUUCAGUCUGCGCUCGUCCUCCGAGCUCCUCGCGCCCGCGCUGCGCAAGGCCUGCGACAGGUGCCCCAGCGGGUCGCAGGCCAAGGAAACCUCGGUGCUCGCCGCAGGGUCCAUGCCCUCCUCCUCCUCCUCCUCCUCCUCCUGUGACCCCUUCCUGCUAGACGACAGGCCCACCACCCCACGGUCCUCCUAUCCCAUCCCUAACUUCUGCUCGCCCUCGCUGAACAACGGCCUCCUCUUUGACCUCGCCGCGGACGCGAGCACCACUGAGACGCCCAGCUUUGAUAUGCUCUACUUUGACAGGCUAUAUCCCGUCUUCUCCGUACUCGACGGGCACCAGCUAGACAGCACCGCGUCCUGCGACCAGUACGCCCUCGUCUCCUCGCUGAGCGCAGCCAUCACCGCCCAGCUCAACUUGGUCGACCCCUCGACCAUUAACCGCCCCUCCAGUUCCUCCGCAUCAUCAGCCCUGUGCUCGUCAGCAACGUCAAUGGAGCAGCACCAUCUCCCAGGCCAAGUAUGGGCCGACCACGCCCUCCAGGCCCGGCAGGCGUGGGACUACAUGAGCGCGCCCACAGAGUCCACCAUCAUGACGUCCUUCUUUCUCUUCGUCUACCACGACAACGUCAAGCAGCCCCAAAAGGCCGGCUACUACCUCCGGGAGGCCAUUGGCUUCGCCCUCGCCCUCGCCCUCGACGACCCGGACACAGGCAGCGUCCUCCUGCGGUCCACCAUCCCCCUGCCGCAGGUCUUCACCUCGCCGCAGCCAAAGCUCAUCUUCGGCUUCGUCUCGCUCGUCCACCUCUUCAAGUGCGUCGACGACAAGUUUGUCUCCCUCUGGAGGACGAGCCGCGCCGUGCUCACCUGGGAGAGACCCUCUGCGCCAUCAGUAGCCUCCGACACGGGCCAGGCGGCCUUGCAGGGCACCCUGUGCGCCGCCGUGGUGGCCGGGCAGCGCGUGGACGGCGAGCUCGUCGAGGUGCAGCGGCUCGACAUUGCCGUGACGCAGCAGUGGCUGCAUCUCCUGGCGUGGCAGUUCCAGGGCGCGCAGGCGGCGAGGAGUCGACGCGUACCCUUUGUCGUGUCCAGGGAGACGCUGGGCGUGGUGACGCGUGCGGACCGGCAGGCCCUCAAGGCGCACGGCAUCGGCGUGGAGCAGAAGCUGUUCGCCAUUGCGUGCUGCGUGUCCGACGUGCUCCAGCGCUCCGCCGAAAUCGACAGGGACGCGGUCUCGACGGGUCACCAGUAUCUGCACGGCUUCAUACGCGUGCUGUCGUCGUUCCGGAACAGAGAGUCCGAGUCUCUGCAGCCGCUGCUGGCCAGGGCCACAAAGACGCUGACCGCGGAGCUGUCCGUGCCUCCGACGCUGACGCUGCCUCGUGACUCCAAGGUCUCGAGACGGGGGGGAGAGUGGCCCGGAUGCCAGUGA